AUGAAGAUUCCAGGGCCUCAGAUAUCCAGCGCCCAAAAGCAAUCAUCGCCGCCGCUGCAGCAGCAACGGCAACAACUCCAGCAGCAACCCCAGCAACAAAUCGUUUCUCAUCCCCUUGCACAGGUGGUGGCCAAUGCAAGCUCCUCAGUCUCUUCUGUGGCUUCAUCUGCCACUACUCCAGCCCUGGACUUGUUCGUGACAGCAACAGCAUAA